AUGCCAGGCGGCGCCGGUCCAAGCAAGCUUCGAACACCCGCCGCCACUCGCAUCAUGCCAGCAACUCGAUCGGUCAGCGCAGCAGACAAUGGCAGGUUCGUUCCUGCUCGACGAACGGCCACCACUACCACAACAGCAUCCUCCAUCGGUCUCACACUGCCACGAGCACCCAUGACCAACACAACCAACCGUCCAACUGCGGGCACUGGUGCAACUACCCGCUCGGUCAGUGCUUCCAAGGUAGCCGCCGGCGCUGCACUACCGAACGGAGUCAGGAGAGGUGUCACAAGCGUCACGCGUCUUCGUCCGGGCACAAAUGCUGCUGCCGCCGCCGCUGCCGCUGCCGCAGCGGGUCGCAGCAGCAAUGGUAGCACUACCUCUGCCAACUCUGGCGACGUCGACCCAUCUCGAAUGGACGCCAUGGAAUCGCGUCUCGCAUCCAUGGCCGAGCUUUUCGAGCUGGAACGGCAAAAGACCGAGGAAAAGUGGAGCAAGGAACGUUCCGAACGUCUACAACAGGAAGACAAGGUUCGCCAGUUGGAAGAGGACCUCAUCGAGCAACGCAAGAUCGCACAAUCAAAGCAGGAUGAGAUGAAGCGCCGACGUACAAUCGCUGACGAUGAACUGUUGCAGAUCACCGCCAAAUUCAACCGCGAGAAACGUCUUCUCGAGUCGGAGCUCGAGCAAGAACGCGAGACCGUCGUGGCGCUCAAGGCUACUCUCAACCAGCAAAGCACCAGUCACCUUACCAUGGAAAGCACCAACACUGCCCUCCGCUCUCAGAUCCAGAUACUCCAAGACGAGAUCGAUGCGCUUCGAGCCAAGAUCGCCAACAUGGACAAGGACGUCGCUGAAACCAAGGAGGCCAACCUUCAUCUGGAGAACGAGCUGCGCGAGGCCGAAUCGUUGCGACGCAAGCUUCACAACGAAGUGCAAGAGCUGCGAGGCAACAUCCGUGUGUUUUGCCGUGUCCGUCCUCCUUCCAACAACGAUGCCAACAAUGGCACCGAAGCCUUGGCGACCAUUCGUUUCCCCAACGAACGAGAAGCGGCUCAGAUCGAGCUGCUUGCUGCUGGCGAAUCUGCGACUGGAACUGUGACGAUGCGCAACCACCUAUUCACGUUCGACCGCGUCUUCCAACCCACUGCUUCACAAGCCGACGUUUUUGAGGAAAUCGCCCACCUCACGCAGUCGGUGCUCGACGGCUACAACACGUCGAUCUUUGCGUACGGUCAAACCGGUUCCGGUAAGACGCACACGCUCGAAGGCGCGCCGGACUCGAUCACCAACUUUGGCAGCGAUCCUUCGGCGGAUGCCGGCGCCGGUCUCAUCCCACGCGCUGUCCAGAUGCUCUGGUCCACCGCUGAGAGUCUCAAAGACAAAGGCUGGAGGUACAACUUCGAAGGAAGCAUGCUCGAGAUCUACCUGGACAACAUCAACGAUCUCCUCGGCAAGGCCGAGGUGGACAAAGCCAAGCACGAGAUCAAGCACGAUAAGGGGCGCACCACGGUGAGCGAUACGGUCGUGGUACCGCUCGACUCGCCGGCGCAGGUGUUUGCGCUGUUGGACAAGGCCAAGAAGCGAAGGCAGGUGGCGGCGACGUUGAUGAACGAGCGAUCUUCGCGAUCCCACUCGGUGUUUAUGCUGCGCGUUCGCGGUCAGAACGCCACCACUAUGGAGGCGUGCGAUGCCGUGCUCUCGCUCGUCGACCUUGCUGGUUCCGAACGCCUCGCCAACUCUGGUAGUGACAAAGACCCGGUCCGAUUGAAAGAAGCGCAAUCGAUCAAUAAGUCGCUCUCCUCUCUGGCCGACGUCAUCUCGGCUCUGGGUCAAAACAAGACUUCGACAAACCACGUCCCGUAUCGAAACUCGACGCUCACGUGGUUGCUGAAGAACAGCUUGGGUGGGAACUCAAAGACGCUCAUGCUGUUGGCGUUGAGUCCGAUGGCGGCGCAUCUGAACGAGAGCCUGUGCUCGUUGCGGUUCGCUACCAAGGUCAACUCGACUACUAUCGGUACGGCGAAAGCUGUCAAGUCGAUCGCAAGCUAG